CACCAUCCCCACACUAUCUCCCACCGCGAAAAGCACAAUAGAAGCGCUUUCCGCUGCCGCUCUCUUUUUCCUUUUCCGCUUUCCCCGUUUCUCUCCUAGCAGUGUGUGUGGACCCGACAUCCCUUUUCGACCCGGUUCGUUACCUCGGCCCCGCGACACUAUCAUCACGCACUCUUCCUCCUUCAUCCUCGGUAUUGCAAUAAAUCACACAAAUGGGUAACCAAAAAAGCUCAAAGCUCGAACCUUUAUGUGGCUUUAGUUAUCGAUACUUCUCUGAAACCCGCGUUUGCUUUGAGCUUUGUGCCAAUGACCGACACCCGGAAACUUGCCGCAGCCGGUUUCCCGGCGACGGCGACGUCGAGGGUGAAACCCGAGCCUGGUGUUGUACCCGGGUCAGGUCAGAACCCGGGGAUUAUAAGGUUUGGUUUGAGAGCUGAAAUUGAUACAUCGCCGCCGUUUGCGUCUGUCAAGGAAGCGGUGACCCGUUUUGAAGGAACCGGACCUUGGACACCCUUUUACAAAUUUGGAGAGCCUCGUAACAGUGCUGAAGAAUUUGACAUAAAGAGAGUGGAGGAAGAAGCAGCAAAGUUAGAAAAGGAUUUGAUAGUGAAAGAACUCGAAACACUUGAUGUGCUUGAAGAACUGGGAGCUACCAAAGCUAUUUUGGAGGAGUUGAAGCUGCAGCUACAAUCAGAAGCAUUGAAUUGUUUAGCAAGUCGAGGUGAAAAUUCAUGUGAACAGGCUGGAGCUGCUACUAGAAAUUGUGUGAAUGGUAUCAGCAAUGAAGAGCAGACAUCGCAAAGUUCGAGUCCUUCUGCACCAUUACCUGAUCUGUUCUUAGUGGAGUUACGACAAGCUAAAGUAAGUCUUGGUAAAACUAUUAAUGAUCUUGGAGUGAUACAAUCCUCUGUUGAAGAUUUAAAUAAGAAAAUGAAGAAGGAAAGGCUUUUUGUUGAGAGGGCACGAGAGAAGCUAGCAUCGAAGUUUGCAGCUGCCUCUACUCAAGAAGUUACCAAAACAGAAGCAGGGUUUAAUCCUCCUGAAGCUACUGUAGGAACAGGUUGCACAUGUCACCAUCCCCUUAACGGUGGGAGGAGUUUCGGAUUUGAUACUGGACAGUGCAAUGGAAAGAGUGAAACAAGAAGCUCUGAAGUUUUAAGGUCCUUGCCUGAGUUUGGUGAGAAUGGAUUUAGUAUUAAGACUGCUGAGAUGAGGUGGUUUGCAGCUAAAAAGAUGGAAGAAGCUGCAAUGGCGGCAGAAGCUGUUGCUCUUGCUGAAAUUGAGGCUCUAUGUUGCCAUGAGAUAUCUUCGGAAUUUUCUCUUCCAGAACAUCAGAAAGUGGCUUUUGCCUUAGGGGAGUGUUCUCCUUUAAAUCCCGCAGUUCAAUUUCCUCAAGAGUCAACCUUGAAGAAGGAAACAGAAUCCAAGUUCCAAAUUGACAAAAUAGGCAUUUCUAAACUGGGUAUUUUGAAAAAGUUUGAGGAAGCAACAGAGGAAGUUCUACGCAGCAAACAAGUCUUGAAUGAGGCAUUGAAUAGUGUUGAAAGUGCAAACAUAAAGCAGCUUGCUGCUGAAGAGGCUCUUCGGAGAUGGAUUCCUGAGAAUGAUCUAAAAGGGCAGACAUUGAUUAAGAACAGCAUGUUCAAUCAAGCUGGAAUUUGUCAAGAUUCUCCUCUACCAGAUGUAAUUCGAUCAAUUACAAAUAACAAUGAUCCGAAGCAUGCCUUAAGGUCUUCAGUUUCAAUGAGAGAUGUACUUAGCAAAAAGCAAGUUCUUGAAGAUUGUACUACAACAAAGGAUAUGCAAGAGCAUUCUGAAAAGACAGUAGCACUGAGUCAAAUGCUUCGAGCAUUGAAGGAGGAUCAAACUCUGCCGACAAUACCCGAGAAAGAUGUGAAGAGUAAUCAAAAGCAAAAGCAGUUCAUAGCAUCUAGGAAAAAGUUCAGUUUCAUCCAAAUAUCACUCCCCUUGGGAAAGCGAAGUAAGAAGAAGACAUGAAUCCUGAUGCCUAUGCAUGGAUCAAUAUCCACAACUCGCAUCAGUGUUUUGCCAUUCUUUCUUUAUUCAUGUUAUGUCUGCUUUUUGUAAGUCAUAGAAUUUGUACCUCUUUUGUAUAACUUUGUAAAGUCCUCGCUUAGUGGGAUCAGGCUAUAUUUGUUGUUGUUUGAUUUUGUAAACUAUGUUUUUCUUGUGUGAUUGCCUUACUUUAUACAACUAUAGCUCAGUUUUAACAGC